AAAUGGAUAUUUUGUUUCCCAAACAGUCCCCGAUUUACUAGCAUCUCAGUGAAACACUGAACAAAAUGGAUUUAAUUUUUCAUGAAAAGCAAGAAGGAUCGCUCUGCGGUCAACAUUGUUUAAACAAUCUUCUUCAAGGUGCUUAUUUCUCUGCCGUUGAUCUAGCUGAUUUAGCAUCUCAAUUAGAUGAAACUGAGAGAAGUCAUUUAGGUUCGAAUUCUUCAUCUACGUCUCAUAACAUGGAUGAUUCCGGUUACUUCAGCAUUCAAGUUUUACAAAAAGCCUUAGAAAUAUGGAAUAUUUGUCUUUUCUCCUUUAAAUCUAGUCGACCCGAGGCUGUAGCUGCUCGUAUUGAUGCCCACUCACAAAAGGCAUAUAUAUGUAACUUUCAAGAUCAUUGGUUUUCUAUAAGAAAAAUAGGAUUACAAUGGUUCAAUUUAAACUCAAUGCACUCUGCACCAGAAUUGAUUUCAGACACUUAUUUAUCUCUAUUCCUGGCUCAGCUCCAGACAGACGGAUAUAGCAUAUUUGUUGUUUCUGGUAAUCUACCUGAUUGCGACGCAGAUGCCAUUCUAAAAUUAGCUCCAAUUGAAGCUAAUAAAGUAAAAUUGAACCAAACUCCGAGAUCCGGAUCAGAAAAUAGCUCUGAUUUAGAGAAGGCGUUAGAAGAGAGCAGGCAAAUGAAUGAAGAAAACGACGAAUCCCUUCAACGAGCUUUGAAAGAAAGUUUACAAGAAUAUGAAAAAAAUCAAACGUCUGAUAUACCUCAAUGUCAAAGCACAUCUCGUAUACCAGCUACUCAGGAAGAACUACGUCGCAAACGGUUGGAAAAAUUUGGUUCCUCAUCAAAUUAG